GUCUACUCCUGUACCGUACAUGCGGCAAAGAAAAACACAGAGAGUUGGUUUGAACUUCCUUCCUUCACCGCCAGCUGUUGCCUGUUGCCUGUUGCUCGUUGCUCGUUGCUUGUUGCUUGUUGCUUGUUGCUUUUUCCUUCCUUUCGAUUGGGAUGGGAUCGAUUGCACUGUGUGAGAUCGGCAGAUUGACAUUUUUAAGGAAGGAGGUCGYUGGAUCAAAAUUAAUAAAGAAACAGGCUCGGUCGUCCUACCUUCCACUUCAGCGACAGAGUGGCAUCGCUGCCACCGGCCUGUGUUAUUGGUUGGGRUGGUCGYUGUUUUUYGGUAUUGCYGUGUUCCCCACAUUUGCUUUCCGGUGCUGCAAAAGAGAUCGCCCCCUUCUACUGCAACAUCCGUGCAGGUUGAAAAACAGCAAUCCGAUUCCUUUCGCGUCAAGCCUUACAAUUACAAUAGGAGGAGCGAUAUCAGGGCUCAGAAUGGCUUCCCUCGACCGCAACAAUGGUUUGUUGUCCAUGGAUGCGCUUUCUCUGUCAAGGGCGAUUCGAGAAGAAGGAAAAAUUACCUGCGAACAAUUGAUGCAAGCAACGCUCGAUAUUAUUGAUGAACUCAAUCCACACUACAACGCUAUCAUUAUGCUCAAGGAUCGCGGCGUCUUGAUGGAACAAGCCCGGGACUGCGAUCGAGCCUUGUCGGCUGCAAAAAAGGCAAACUCCAAGCGCAAACCUCUCGRUAGAGGUGAGUUAGAUAAUCCAAGGUACGACCACAGCGACGACGAUCGAGAUCGCCUCGAUUUGAUGCAGGCAUUCGGGUGGCUCUAUGGCAUUCCCGUUGCCAUUAAAGACGUUUCCAACGCCGAGUCCUUUCCAACGACGAUGGGUGGAUCUCCCUUGUUCUGUAGCGGCAAUCCCGGGGAUGCCAAUCUUCCUCUGCCCGCAACAGUCAGCGAUCCAUAUGUUGCUGCUAUAAUUCGCGAUGGUGCCAUUAUCAUUGGCAAGACCAAUGCUCCGGAAGGGGGCCUUGGUUCCAAUACGUUCAACGACCUCUGGGGCAAAACUCUCAACGCUCUGGUCUCGCGGGGCGAUGGGUCCAUGGCAGAGACGAAGAAGGCAGUCAGUGCUGGAGGAAGUUCGGGCGGGGCGGCCGUUGCGAUUGCCACCCAUAUGCUUGCAUUGGCCGAUGGAACCGACAACAUGGGCAGCCUGCGGAAUCCGGCCGGAUGGAACGGCAUCUAUAGCCACAGGCCGACGGCCGGAUGGAUUCAGUCUGCUGCCAAAGUCGGUGACAACAAUKGCGAACAAUCGGUCCGGGAUUCCAAGGAAAGCAAUGUCCAUACCAACAGCGGUGACGAYACCCCGUUUUUCUCCUCGGUAUCGAGGGUGCUCCCCCAUCCGGCGAGCACACCGGGGCCCAUGGCCCGCACGCCACUCGAUUGCGCUCGGUUGCUGCAAACCAUGGUUGGGGACCAGGAUCGGUUCGAUGCAAAUGCUCUGAUUUUKCCCCCGAAACAUCCGUUCGGUGAUGCAAGCCSAGAGGCAACAGUGCGUAUCGGAUGGCUGGGUGAUUGGCAAGGCCAAUUGCCAAUCGAAGACGGCAUUCUGUCGGCGUGUCAAACAGCUUUGGAUGAGUGGAGUGCGAGAAGUGGCAAUGGGAACCACCGUCGGUGCUUUGAGAGAAGGAACCACACAAAGGUUGUCGUGRUGAAUAUUGCAAAUGUUACCUCGGCUCUCAGUGAGGAGAAUAGUACCGCUUGCGGAAAUUUGUUUGAUUUGGAACUUCUAUGGGAGAGCUAUAAUACAAUCCGUUUUGCUUCCACCUACGAAACUUACUCCACACAAUUUGAUGUGAAACAUCUGCUAUCGCAGCAGGGUAGGCACUUGAUCAAGAGAGAACUGGCUUGGGAGCUCGAACAGGGACAGGCGAUUGCUUCUAGUARCGACAGAGGAAAGGCACGUCUCGAGCGGGCAAGAGGCGUCUAUGAUGCGUAUGAAGGAUGGCUGAAAGGAAUCUUUCGUCAACGAAAGAAUGGAGACGGGGAGGGGGGCGGAAACGAAGUUCAAAACGAAUACCAGGGCUUGAAAGUCGACGUUUUAGCUCUACCGAGUGCACAGGUGUGGCCUUUUCCAAUCGAGSACCGCUAUCCCAAAGAAAUUWGUGGAACAACCAUGGAUACCUACCACCGAUGGAUGGAAAUUUGCGUACCGGUCAGUUUCGGCGGUCUGCCGUGUGUCACAGUCCCGAUUACUGGAACACCAUCGAUACCAGAAAGCAACGGAAAGAACAAUAUAGAAAACGAGUGGAUGGAAAGAAAACGAAUACCGAUGGGGCUACAACUCUUUGCGACACGUGGGAAAGACCUCCAGCUCUUGAAUCUCGCGGCGGAUUAUUAUCAUUGCCAAAUGACAAAACGCGAAGCAAGGGAUUGAAUCAACGAACGCUCGUACGAUCAAAGAAGUAAAGAAGGAAAGAAAGAAAACGAGAAAGUCCAUCGAGAGCUGAAGAAUCGCAUUGUCAAAACCUGUAAUUUUGUCGAAAGUACCAAGAGUACUGCUUACUACUGGAAAUAAACACAUCAACAGGAACUCAUUACUACUGAUUCCUACAAGCACCUCAGGCCCAAUACUACUGGUACUGGAUGUGUUGCUAGCAGUGUCAACAGGAAUACUGCUUACUAAGUAUUUCUUAAUAGCUAUCCAACAUUGGUCUUUUAUUGAGGAUAGCAACAAAUAACACGGAAUUAAACGUAACACCAUGCAACACCACAAAUAACACGGAAUAACACAGCAACAAAUCGCAGCGAGCAACGAAUCACAGCAAGCAAUGAAUCGCAGCAAAAAAUCACAGCAACAGCAACAAAUUGCAGCAACAAAUUGAUUGCUCCGAACAUUGCUCCAAAUCAAGUGCUUGCGUGCUUGUUGCUUGCUCCAAAUGCUUGCUAGCUGCUGGGCAAAUCAACAAUUGUGAUACGAAUCAAUUGCUCCAAAUUGAUUGCUUGUUACUUGAUACAAAUCAAUUACUCUGAAAUGA